AUGCGAACCAUUGAGGAGACACGAAAGAGAUGGGACAUCCUGUUCUCCGACAAUGACACGCCCUCCGACCUACGAGCGACCUUGCGAUCCGAACAGGGUAACCUAUGCAACGAUGGGCUGAGAUCGGCAUUCCUGCUUUUCGACGGCCUGGAUCAAAAUGAAUGGGCGGCCAAGCUCGACGAAUCCCGCGACGCCUAUCGCGCACUCCGAGACCACUUUUUGAAAUACAUAGAGCACCCGGACGACAUAGAUUCGAGCGUUGAUCCGCUGGCGGAUGAUGCAGAGUCUCCUUGGCAAACGCUCCGAAACGAUGAGACACUGCGCGCCGAAAUCCUACAAGACGUUGACCGAUGUUUGCAAGAGAACUUUUUUUUCCAAGAGCCUGCUACGAAGUCCAAGUUGACCGAUGCCCUAUUUGUCUACUCCAAGCUCAAUCCGGACGUGGGGUAUAGACAAGGAAUGCAUGAGCUGCUUGCACCAAUACUUUGGGCAGUAGACCGAGACUCAGUGAAGCUACAACCUGGAAAAUCUGGUUCGACCAAUGAUAAGAACGAGGAAUUGAUGCUUCAGCUUCUUGACCCUCAAUUCGUGGAGCACGAUUCCUUUACGCUGUUCCUUUCUGUUAUGCAGACAGCGCGUAUCUACUACGAACAUAGUGAGACACGAUCUGCAAAUGGCCAGGCGGAGGUGAUUCCAAUAGUCGAUCGGUGCCAAUAUCUUCACAAAGAGGCAUUGAUGAUCAUUGAUCACGAACUCGCGGAACAUCUCGAAGCAGUCGAUGUUCUACCACAAAUUUUUUUGACCCGCUGGAUGCGUCUCCUGUUUGGACGUGAAUUUCCCUUCGAUGAUGUCCUGCUGAUGUGGGAUCUCCUGUUUGCUCAUGGACUACGGUCUGAUCUCGUUGAUUUCACAUGCAUAUCUAUGCUUCUUAGAAUCCGCUGGCAAUUGCUCGAGGCAGACUACUCGACUGCGUUGACAUUAUUACUCCGCUAUCCUUCACCUCAGCCACAUGAACCCCAGACCUUUGUGCACGACGCGUUGUACUUGGAGCAGAACCCUACCGCCGAGCGGGGCAACUUUAUCAUUUCGAAGUACUCGGGUAGACCACCCGAACCGAAGGGUCGCAGCCAAUCUAACACACGAAGAAAGGCCUUCCUAUGGGAAGACUUCAAGAGACGCAGUGAAAGCAGCUCACCGGCUCAUUCCCCCGCACGAAACAACAUUAAAAGUCUUGAAUCAAUUUUGCAGGAUGUUUCACAGGGCAUCCAACGCCGGACAGAGGCUUGGGGUGUGGCCAAGGCCGUUCGAGGUGCCGUGACUGAAGCGAGGAAAAAUAUGCAGACAAUGCAUUACGAGCCAAAUUUGCGCGCCCCCUCUUCAAGACCCGGUACAGCCGGGUCAGGUUCUGAGGCUCAACCAACGGCCCUCACAAUAUCCGCGGCCACGGCUGCGCUGGAAUCGAAGAUUGAUAUUCUCGAAGAGAGGAAUAAAAUUUUGGCAACUACUUUACGCAAUGCACUCAGUGAUCUUCACUCACAGCUGGCCAAUGUCAAAGACAUCGAUCCCGGAACAAACGAUUGCCUGAAGCAAGCUCUGGCCCAAGCCGUGAGCGUCCAGGUUUGCCUCCAAGAUCCAUCUGUCCCGGUAGAGUCCACCGAGCAUCCGCCUCGCGUAGACGGUAAAGCAAUCAGCCAGAUUGGGCUUCAAAAGACGAGCAGUCCAACAAUUAGCGAAAGAAAGCGCGAUCUCCAAAUCGAGGGUCCAUCGCGAACGCCAACUUCCGCUUACACGAAUACGACCGGGCCGACUGCCGAAAGUGGAACCUCUAAGCCUGUUCGCGUCACGACAAAUCGGAUGAACACUGACAAGCAAGCUGAAGGCGUGCGGGCAACAGCCUCGCGAUCAAAUGUGCGCCCGUCCCUGACAGAUGCAGGGUUCUCAUGGAUGCUUGAUGGCGGCCGGAACCUAUCGGGGUUCGUUAGCUCCACGUCGCCGCCGCCGGAGCAGACACGGCAGCAGGACCAAGCCCAAGCCCGCAGACCCAGCACCUUGUUCGGAUCUGGCGGAGAUGAAAUUUCAGGGACGAAUGCCGAACAUGGUGAAUUGGCACUACACAGCCUUCGGGGCUCUCGGGAUCCCCUGUCAGGGGAUGGGCCAUUAUGA